GUCAUCAAGUAAAUUCCUCGUAGGUCUACCAGUCGCACAGAUUCAGUAGGCUCAAGUCGAGUGGACUGAGAAGCGCUCCUGAUACUAUUGUAGGUCUUUCGCGGGAAUCGCCGCAGCUUUGUGGCAACUAUCGGUUGAAGUCAGCUCUCUGCUUGCAACGGUGACGAAAGUAGAACCUGUCCCAUUCAGCGACUUUGUUUGUGACCCACGGAGGUCUUGCACACAAAUAUCUAGUCAUCUCAUCCUCGGGUAAUUCAGACUCCGUCAUUGUGGAUCUUAAUGGCAUCAGUGAUAAUGGCCAUUCAGCGAGCGCUCGCCUUGCUCUGUCUCCUAGCUACCGCCUGGCAGCAAUGUGUGGCGGGUGAGCGGCGAGAGAUGCGGUUAGCGGACAAAUUGGGGCAAUACAACAUUUACAUGAAUCGCACGACGGUGUCGGGACUCUCCGCCGGCGGUUUCUUUGCAGUGCAAUACCAUGUUGCCUUCUCCAGUCAAGUCAUCGGGGCUGGCAUCGUAGCCGGAGGACCCUACUACUGUGCUGAAGGCAUUCUGACCUCCGCCACCGUCAACUGUAUGAAAGUACCACUAAUGAUCAAUGUACCAUGGCUGAUCGCAAGGGCAAAGAUGAUGAGCGGCAUUGACAACCUGGAGCACCUGCAGCGGUCGCGCGUCUUCCUCUACUCCGGAUCCAAGGACACUGUAGUUAAUCCAGGUGUGAUGAAGAAGCUGGAUGAGUGGUACCAGGCGUUUGUGCCAGCGGCCAACAUCAAGACGGAGUUCGACAUCCCUUCGGAGCAUUCCUGGCGGUGCGUAUUCAAUGCUUGCGUUCUGUCCCUGCUGUUGUAUGGCUCUGAGUGCUGGACGCCCCUUCAGCAUGACCUGCAGAAGCUCUCAACCUUCAGCAUGAGGUGCAUCCGAUCCAUCCUCGGGGUCUCUCGAAGCCGGAUGUGGGACGAACACAUCACCAACGAAGAGCUGCUGGUGCGCUGGGGAGACUCCGAGACGAUUAAAGACAAAAUUGCACAUCGGCGGUUGGAGUGGUUGGGGCAUGUGGCGCGGAUGCCGGACAACCGCAUCCCAAAACAGGUACUGUUUGGCUCCUUCUUGCAGCGUCGCCCAGCACAUGGCCCACGCCGCAGAUGGAAGGACUGCGCUGUCCGAGAUCUACGUGCCCGUGGCGUGGAGGCAUCAUGGUAUGAUGUUGCAUGUGAGUCUCGCGCGGAGUGGCGCAGCACCUACCAAGAGCCUGACAAUGUGCCUGAGCCUCCGCCCCGAGUGGUAUGUACGGUAUGCGGACGGGAUUUUGCACGGAAAGGAGACAUGGCUCGGCAUAAGUGUCUGGAGGAGCGUGCGCGGCCUGUGUCUGAGCAGCGGGGCGCCAGUCAGUGCGGGCGGUGUGGGCGGUGGCUGAGAAGCCGCGGUGGCUUGGUCCGGCAUGUGUGUGCCUCAACGGUGGAUGCCGCAGUGCCACCUGGAACUACCGGAGCGUCGGCACCGGCGGAGGGAUGUUGUGCCGCGCAUUGUGACAGGUGUGGUCGCUGCUUUCGCGGUGUCCGGGGACGGGGAAGGCAUCGCUGUUCAAGGGUGGCUCAUAGACCAACAGCAGAGGAGCGCUCAGCCUUCCAGCACGUGUGCAUAUGCGGCAAGCGGAUGCGACUACCCGUGCACCUGGAGCGUCAUCGAGCGUCGUGUCCUCUCUCUCUCUCUUCUCAAGUUUCCCAGUGAUGGGAUCACGUGACCCUUUUGCGGCAGUGACUCUACAGGACAGGACAGGUGUGUGUGUGUGUGUGUGUGUGUGUGUGUGUGUGUGUGUGUGUGUGUGUGUGUGUGUGUGUGUGUGUGUGUGUGUGUGUGUGUG